GCCGACCCAGUCAUCCAUCCAACUCCUGUUCAUCCUAAUAUUGCACCUACCACGACUUCUUAAACACACCCUGAGCGUUGGCUUCUCUUUGCCCGCUUAUUGCUCACAAGAUCGCCGUGUGUGACGUGCUUAUUUGCCCCAAGGAAUCUCUAGGCUCAACACCGAUUAGUUUUCCCCCCGAUGGCAGCGCAAUUCUCGACUCAAAACGAGAGUCACAUGCGGAAGCAGGGCGGUGGUUACCUGCCAAUCGAAAACUAUGGCUUGAUAGGUAACAUGAGAACCUGUGCUAUGGUGGGCAUGGACGGCAGCGUCGACUUCAUGUGUUGGCCUGAGUUCGACUCACCAACAGUCUUCUGCCGUCUCCUGGAUAAGGAUAAGGGAGGCUACUUCAGCAUCCAGCCGGCUUCCCAUCUCAGCUGCACCACGAAGCAACAGUAUUUGCCAUCAUCUAAUAUCCUGCAGACCCGCUACAUCCACGAGGAUGGCGUGGUUGACCUUGUCGACUUCUUCCCCCGGCCGAAGAACGCCAAGGUUAUCUUCAAGGGCCCCAAGCAGGGCGCCUACCGCGAGAUGACGAGCGUCCAGGAGGAGCUGAAGCAGUGGCUAGUCCGUCGCGUCGAGUGCGUCCGCGGCCGUCUCCAGCUGGACGUUGAGAUCUUCCCUGCAUUUGGUUAUGCGACCGAGCCGCACACCACCACUAUCCUGCAGGAGGAGGGUGUCCCGCACUGCAACCAGAGCAAGACGGCGGCGUUCCACAGCGAGAGCACCAAGCUACAGCUCGAUGUCAUCAUCGACCAUGGAGAGGACGGCGACGAUAGCUGGCCCAUCGUCCGUUUCAGGAAAGUCUUGAAGCCCGGCAUGCUCGGCGAGGGCGUCGUCGCCUGUAUCGACAUCAGCGAGGGACAGGCCGUGUCUUUCGUCAUACGGAACGACGUGGAGAAGCACGUCACGGAAAACAUCACAAGCGCCGUGCUCGACACGCAGCAGCACGACACUCAAACGUACUGGUACAACUGGAUCUCCACGAGCAAGUACAAGGGCCGCUGGCGUGAGGUGGUGUCACGCAGCCUCAUGAUCCUGAAGCUCAUGACGUACGAGCCGACGGGGGCCAUCAUUGCAGCCCCGACCUUCUCUAUCCCCGAAGCUAUCGGGGGCGUCCGGGCAAGCAACUGGGACUACCGCUUCUCGUGGGUUCGCGACGCGAGCUUCACCAUCUACAUCCUGCUGCGCCUGGGCUUCACCGAGGAGGCGGACGCCUACAUGGGCUUCAUCAGCGAGCGUUUCCUCAAGUCGCGCGUAGCCGACGGCGGGCUGCCCAUCAUGUUCACCAUCCGCGGCGAGACCGACAUCCCCGAGCGCGAGCUGACGCACUUGGACGGGUACCGGGGCAGCAGACCGGUGCGCAUCGGAAACGGGGCCGCCUUCCACCAGCAAUUCGACAUCUACGGCGAGCUUAUGGACGCCAUCUACCUGUACAACAAGUACGGCAAGCCGAUCCACUGGGAUCUGUGGUGCACGGUCCGAGAGAUGCUCGACUACGUGCUCACCAUCAUGCACCAGCCCGACAUGUCCAUCUGGGAGGUGCGCAACAACAAGCAGAACUUCACCUACUCCAAGGUCAUGCUCUGGGUGGCCUUCGACCGCGGCCUGCGCCUGUCGGAAAAGCGCAACUUCCCGUGCCCCAACAGGGUCAAGUGGCUCGCCGCUCGGGACUCGCUGUACGAGGAGAUCAUGGAGAAAGGCUACAACAAGGAGAUGAAGUGCUUCGUGCAGAGCUACGAGAACAAUACCAUGCUCGACUCGUCCAUCCUGAUCGCCCCGCUCGUCUUCUUCAUCGCCCCCAACGACCCGAGGUUCCUCAACACCAUGGAUCGCAUCAUGCUGCCCCCGGAGAAGGGCGGGCUGACCAGCACCGGCCUGGUGUACCGGUACAACACGGAGGUGUCCGAAGAUGGUGUUGGCGGCCACGAGGGCGCGUUCAGCAUGUGCACGUUCUGGCUGGUCGAAGCCAUGACGCGGGCGUCGGUCUACGAAUCCAAGUACCUCGUGCGCGCCAUCAACCUGUUUGAGAACAUGCUCAGCUUCUCCAACCAUCUGAUGAUGUUCUCCGAGGAGAUCUCGCGGAGCGGCGAGCAGCUGGGCAACACGCCGCAGGCCUUCAGCCACCUGGCCCUCAUCAGUGCGGCCUUUAAUCUGGACCGCGUCUCGGAGCCCAAGAAGUAGUGGGUCGGGCGAGACGUUUGCCACGGUUUGGGUUAUCUGGAGGGAGCUGCCCGUUGGUAGUUACAAGACACUAAAUUGAUUUACGAUUUGUUGUGUAUUCUACAUUAAUGAGUAAAGGCCGGGAUGGCCGC